AUGGUGGAUGUAGUGACCUAUGAGGAUGUGCAUGUGAACUUCACUAGGGAAGAGUGGAAUUUGCUGGAUCCUUCCCAGAAGAGUCUCUACAAAGAUGUCAUGGUAGAAACCUACAGGAACCUCACUGCUAUAGGCUACAAAUGGGAAAACCAGAGUAUUGAGGAAUAUUGUCAACAUUUUAGAAGACAUGCGAGGUAA